UCACCACUCGCAGUGCCCUGUGCAAGAUUAGCGGUGGCUGCUGCUGCUGUUGUUGAAUCGCCAUGGUGGAGGGUCCUGGGUGCACGCUGAACGGAGAGAGGAUCAGGGUCAGGGUUCGCGUCUCCCAGACGGUGCUGAGCACGAGGACAGCGGCAUCUGGAGUUGCAGUCCAGCACCACCAGCAGCAGCAGCGCCCGUGCCAGGCGGCCGCGCAGGGCGCAGCAGCAGGAGGAGGAGGGUGGUGCCCAGCCGGGCAGCUCUCAAGCCUCACGGGGCAGCAGUACACGGGCGUGGAGACCCUGGGCAAGGAGCUGUUCCUCUACUUCAAAGAGAGCGCACUACGGGUGCACUUCGGCAUGAAUGGUUCCAUGAGAAUCAACCCUGGAGCCGACGGCCAGACUCGGCGUCCACCCGCCCUGGAAGUCGUCCUCAGCAGCGACCGCAUCGUCUUCUACGACUCCACCUUUGAUAUCAGGUCCGCCGAAGCGUGUCGCGAGCGUGUACGGGCGCGGGGAGACCUGGACGUGUGCUCGAGACGGUUCGACGUGGAGAGGGCCUGCACGGAACUGGGGGCCCACGCGGGCCGCAUGCUGUGCGACGUGCUGCUCGAUCAGGCGCUGCUGCCCGGCGUCGGCAACAUCAUCAAGAACGAGGGGCUCCUGGACAGCGGUCUCCACCCAGCCAUUACGGUGAGCCAACUGAGCUUGGAGCAGAUCAAACACCUCGUGAAAAUGACCAGGGAUUUCUCUCUGCUUUUCUAUCAGUGCCGGAAGACGGGCGCGGCGCUGCAGAAGCACUGCAGGGUGUACAAACGCAGCGCGUGCGGGCAGUGCCGGACCCGCGUGGUCGUGUGCCGGCUCGGGGAGAAUGGGCGCAUGACGUACUUCUGCCCAAGCUGCCAGCACGAGGAUCCACGGCACGUCGACCCCAGCAAACUGCAGCACAGAAACAACAGCCUUCUGGCCUGGGUGCAAGGAGGCAGGCCGGACACCACCGAGGUCGGCAGGCAGGACGUUGCGUCGCGAGCCGAGGAGGAGUGGGCCUGCGCCGUCUGCACGCUCGUCAACUGCGGCUCCGACGCGGCUUGCGACGCCUGCCUCACCCAGCGACCUCCCCCGGAGCCUCAGGCAGACUGCACGGAGCACUGCUCCACGCUGCAUGACGACCGUCUCAUGCUGUACCCGUGCAACGCCUUCCCACGGCCGUGCGUGGUGACCAAAGUCAACCGACGCACGGCGUUUGGCACGGCCACGCUCAUCAUCACCUCUCCUGGGUUGCCCCCUGGCCCUCCCGCGCGGGACGCCCCGUUUGGGGCAGGGGGCUCGUCGGACUCGCGCCAGGCGGUGAGCUGGAAUGAAGGUGCGAAUUCCAGAAGCCCUCUGAAAACAGCCCCACGCACACCCGGAGCGGUUGCUCCAUUCCAUGCCUCCCAAGCAUUUAAGAGAUUCAAGCCCGACUCUGUGGACAGGACACCCAACAAUCGCGGCCAAAAUUCCGGUGAAAUCCCCGAUGCGAGCGGGGCAGCGGCGCGAGAUGGCACCGUGGCACGCUGCAGGGGCCACGACCGCCCAUGCGCGCUGCGCGUCGUGCAGAAAGCCGGGCCCAACAGGGGCCGGCACUUCCACGCCUGCGCCCUCCCGCAGAAGCAGCAGUGCCAGCACUUCGAGUGGGCCGACCUGCACUUCCCAGAGUGCGAUCACGGCCUGCGCUGCGUCAUGCGCACCGUCCUCAAGCUGGGCCCCAACAACGGACGCAACUUCUACGCCUGCGCGCAGGGGCGCGACCGCCAAUGCGCAUUCUUCCAGUGGGCGGACGGGGCACCUGGCGCACACACCUUGCCCGGCUGCUAAAAGGGUUUGUCUCCGAGCAGUCCAGAAUUACCUGGCAAUAGGGCACCACGGUGGCGAGAUGCUCACAACCUCAGGAGGUCGUGGUUUCGAUCUCAACCCCGACGCCUGUAGAUUUAGAGUUUGCGUGUUCUCUCUGUGGUCGCGUCGAUUUUUCUCCGGGACUUCCAGUUUUUCCCUGCCACAUGUAGUAACAUGCGCUUAGAGUAUUCGGCUAUAAAUGUCCACAUAAGCCCCUUCGUCGAGAUAUAAUGUGGCCAGGUUGCUUCUGAAAAAGAGCUAUAUUUCGCUCAGUGGACCUUACCUAGACAAACAUUUUUUUAUAUACAUGCACAGUCAUGUUAUCAAUUCACUGCCGGACGGGGGCUUCCCUGUGCCGUGGAGCUCGUGAGGGUUACCGUUUUAUACGGAGUACAGGGCGUACUUUGUUUUCCAUCCUGUAUUUUACAUGUUUGGGUGUGUGCCUUUGAAUCCAGUGUGCUUGUCCAGAAUUGUCUAGACCCCAGGCACACAUGUGGGAUGCGUCUCUCCGAAGCGUAUUAUAAUCUUGAGUACAGUAUUUGACCACGCUUCACUACUCUGGUUAGUGCGGGUUUGCGACGGUGCGUAGCGCGGCAAGUCAUCGUUUAUCGCGGUAGAUGCAUUCCCGAAAAGUUCCGUGUUAAGCGAAAAUAUCCCCAUAAUGCAACAAUAAAUAUUUGCCCAGAUACGAUGUACGCAGUCAGAUGCUGUCAUUACGGUGCGCGUUCAGUGUUGCGCGAAACGUGUUCGCGAAUUAAUGGCGUAAGAGCGAAAAUGCGUUGCGUUCACUCAUUUAGCAAGGAUUUACCUGCGGUAUAGUACCAUGGAUUUGACUGCACUGCCCCCUGUUGACAGUAUAAAAUGUAAGGACUGAAAAGACCAGUUGGGAUGAUGGAUACACGAGUGCAGCUCAGUUACAAAUGGACUCCCGGUUUUUAUGAAAAUUCACCGCAUCUCGGGUAACACCGCCACCCUCCUUCCCAACUAACAGAUCCCCUGAUGAAUGGUACAUUCCUAAAGACGCAGUCACCUUGAAGCCCUGGGGAGUGUCAAGCACCGCGAUGCAAGGCUAAUUUGAAGUGAGCAGUCUAAUCGACCCAUUUGUUUUAUUUUGAGCAAAGUUGUGUUGUCUGGCAUUGCUCAGUGUUGCCUGUGGCAGCACUAUAGAGCCGUGUUUUAUUCUUUCGAGUUGCUUUUUGUAAUACCCGCUUG